AUGCGCACUGCUGUAGCUUUGUCAUUGACUUUCGGUCAACAAUUCAGGUCGGUGUUGUUGGAGCCAUGUCCGCUUGCAUCCUUCCCCCUUCAAUCCCCUGUCCGUCCCAGUUGGUGUACAAACAGCCAAAGCCGAAUGUGCGAUGUCUCCUCUUUGACGAGGAGGGCAACACUGUUGACCAGAGCGUCUCCAAGAGCGGCAUCCUCGUUCUGGCUGUCGACAAGGACGACCCUAUCAAGGACCAUCCCAACUUCACCACCGCCAAUCCGAACGACAAGUUGGCUUCGUUUGGCUUCCUCAGCGACGGCUCGCCCCGUGUCUGCACCAUGGACUGGGUCGAAAUGACUGGCGAGAGCGAGUUCACUAUCAUUGGGAGAUUCGGCCAGAAGGUCAAGGUCAACGGCGUCUAUGUCGACCUCAAUGCCCUCGAGGAAAUGGUCAACCAGGACCUCAGCGAGCACGUCGCCGACUGCAUCUUCAUCCAGACCUCCGAGCUCAAGAUUGUGAUGCUCUAUGUCCCCCAGAAAGGCUCCACCUUCAACGCGGCGCCAGGAGAGAUCGUCCAGAUGACCGAAAACCUGUUUGCCCUCAAGAACGUUGCCAAGGUUCCCAUUCGCAACUGCCUGGAGCUGGAGGCGUUCCCCUUCAACGACUCGGGCAAGCGCGAUCUCAAGAAGCUCAGGCACAUCGCCGAGAACAUCGAUAGCUAUGGCAAGUCGGUCCAGUACCCAUCUCUCAUCAUCGAGGACACUCCCCUGUCCCGCACUGCCGCCAAGAUAUCCACACUUGGUAGCCAGAUCCUCGACAACCCUGCCCUCGACGGCCGCAACUACUACAUCGGCGGUGUCGGCUUUGACUCGCUGAGUGUCGUCCGUCUGGCCCUCGCCAUCAAGAACGAGUUUGAUGCUGAGAUCUCGCCGAUGAUCCUCCUGUCGAACGGAAUGACGCCGACUGAUGUCGCCCAGCUGGUUGUCGACAUCCAAGCGAGCAGACCGGGGACUCUGCCGAUUGUCGAUCUGGCUCAGGAGGUUGCACGGCUCGACGAUGCGAGUGUGACGGCUGAGGGUCUCCCUCCGUUUGUGUUUCCCGAGCCGUUCGAAGGGAUUGUGCUGACUGGUGCCACUGGGUUCCUCGGCGCAUUCCUGCUGUAUGAGCUAGCCCACAAAUUUCCCAGUGCCAAGAUCUACUGCCUGGUCCGAGCCCCGACCGAGCAGGUGGCUGUCGAGCGCAUCAUCAGCACGGCUCAGAAGUUGGUCCUCGAUCCGAGCCAGAGAGCCUUCCUUGACCACAACCUCAAGUCUCGACUCGUUGGACUGUGCGGCGAUCUGUCGAAGAACAAGUGGGGACUCUCGGACGAGCGAUGGAAGGAGAUCAGCGAGGAGACCGACAUGAUUGUCCACUGCGGCGCCGAGGUCCACUGGCUGUUUGACUAUCUCCAGCUCAAGGGACCCAACGUCCUCGGCACAGCGACGGCACUGAGACUGGCCACAACCCACCACCUGAAGCCGCUGCACUACAUCUCGACCAUCGGCACGAUCCCGAUGGCCAAGAAGGCAGACAAGCCGCUCGAGGAGACGAUCUACUCGGCCUGGAACAUCUCUGGCGGCUAUUCGCAGACCAAGUGGGUCUCUGAGCAACUGAUCAACAAGGCACGAUCGAGGGGAGUGCCAGUGACGAUCAUUCGUCCAGCCGUCAUUGCUGGCGACAGCCAGUACGGAGUGUCCAACUCUGAUGACUACAUCUGGCGAUAUGUCAAGGGAUGCAUUCAGCUCGGCGUUGCUCCCUCGCACGCCACUCCUGUCACGAUGACCAUGGAUCCCGUCGACCAUGUCGCCAAGGUGGUUGCCGAGAUUGCCGGCUCGGAGGAGUCCCUGUCCAAGUUUGUGUUCCACAUCAGCGACUCGGAGCACAGUGCCCUCACUGAGACCAAGCUGUUCGAGAUUGUCAAGGCUUUUGGCUGGACUGUGCUGUUCGAGUCCCACGAGCAGUUCAAAGAGGCCUUCCACUCCCAUCCCGCCGCCGAGAGCAACGCCCUGUUCCCGCUCAUGCACAUCAUGAUGGACAUGUCUGUCAAGCUCGACAACGCCAACACCCGCUCGAUCUACCCGACGCCCGGUGUCUCCGCCACGGUGCUCGCCAAGAAGUGCCUCAGCUACCUCUACCAUGUCGGCUUCCUCCCCAAGCCCGAGAAUCCGUCGAGCGAGCUCAAGGACGGAGUGUAUCCAGAAAUCGGCAUCUUUGUCCGCACCGGCCGCAACUGAUCAGCAGGACGAGAUCGCUGGAUAUCCACCCAUCGCUCCGAUCGAAAGCCUUCGAGUGCAUGUCCUCGAGCCGAAUCGAUGCCUGUGUCGGAUCUCGAGAUCGAACCUGAUCAAGCCGUUCUCGCAUGCUGGUGAAAGCGACUCGGUUCAGCUCCAUUUUCUGCCCAUUGUGCUGUUCUAUCUCCUUGCGUUCUCGGUCUCCGUCUUUCUAUGAAUUGCAGUUCGUCUCGGCGUCUCCUAUCCAGUGUCGCCGCUCAAUUCUAUACAUCCGGUUGAGUCUGUGAUAGCUGCC